AGACUUCAAGAAGUUAAGCAAAUUGCUCAAGAUCAUCUAAGAAAUAGAUGAGGAGCCAACAAAAAAGGGCCUCAGGAUCCAGCACACAUUAUCACAAACUUAGUGUCCAUCCAUCACUGCUGACCCUCUCCGGACCUGACUCCACCCCUGAGGGACACAGGUCAGCCUUGACCAAUGACUUUUAAGUACCACGGAGAACAGGGGGCCAGAACUUCAGCAGUAAAGAAUAAAAGGCCACACAGAGAGGCAGCAGCACAUAUCUGCUUCCGACACAGCUGCAAUCACCAGCAAGCUCUCAGGUCUGGCAUCAUGGUGCAUUUUACUGCUGAGGAGAAGGCUGCUGUCACUAGCCUGUGGAACAAGAUGAAUGUGGAAGAGGCUGGAGGUGAAGCCUUGGGCAGGCUCCUCGUUGUUUACCCCUGGACCCAGAGAUUUUUUGACAGCUUUGGAAACCUGUCGUCUCCCUCUGCCAUCCUGGGCAACCCCAAGGUCAAGGCCCAUGGCAAGAAGGUGCUGACUUCCUUUGGAGAUGCUAUUAAAAACAUGGACAACCUCAAGACCACCUUUGCUAAGCUGAGUGAGCUGCACUGUGACAAGCUGCAUGUGGAUCCUGAGAACUUCAAGCUCCUGGGUAACGUGAUGGUGAUUAUUCUGGCUACUCACUUUGGCAAGGAGUUCACUCCUGAAGUGCAGGCUGCCUGGCAGAAGCUGGUGUCUGCUGUCGCCAUUGCCCUGGCCCAUAAGUACCACUGAGUUACCUUCCAAUUUGUUCCUGUGACCCUGACACCCUCCUUCUGCACAUGGGGACUGGGCUUGGCCUUGAGAGAAAGCCUUCUGUUUAAUAAAGUACAUUUUCUUCAGUAA